GCGACAUUUUAAUGGUUAUUUUUCCCAUAAACCUAUAUUUCAUCUGACAGUAAUUAGAUUUUGUUUCUGUGCAUGUGUUCGGUGUGGCUAAUAUUGAUUAAAAGGCUCAAAGUUCUGCUAUUGAGUUGAGGUAACAGCAAAUAUGUAAAUUACUUAGUUUUAAAAGUCAGAUUAUGCUUAAAAAGGUAUAAUAAGGUGAUUCAUCAUAAGACACCAAAGAGAAUUAUCCUCCUUUGGCUCUCGGGCAGGAGUUGGCCGAUUUACUCCACAUAAUAGGCAUCCAAAGCACAAGAGGCAAACUCACAAAAAUUUAAAGUUUUGAGUCAAUUUUGUUUAAGGCUUAGAUUAUUAGGUAUUUCUGUACACUUUCCAUGGAUGACAAUCAUUAUUUUACAGCAAAGAAUGGUGCCCUUGAUGAAAUCCAAGGUAUUUUUGAUUGAUGGCAUUUCUUGUGCAAAUCAAUAAAUAAAGGAUAUACCAAAAGAGCAGGAAUUAAAUGAGGGAAGGUAUUGAUAACUGAUAUACUUGCGUAAUGGUCUUUUAAAUUAUACCAUCAUUUCAUGUUCUAUAUCUGACACAUGGGGGAAAUGUUUGACACAUUGAGCCUUCUGUUUAGGGCAUUUAGGGUCUCAUAUCCUGCUCUGCAACAUAUGGAACUGUUAGUGAAAAGUUUGCCCUUUGUACUUUUAGUGAUAGUAAGCUACAGCUUGUAGAUCUCAUUUGACAGUUUUAAUGUGUUCUGAUGUUAUUGUAAGUACAAUGAAGAAAUUUGUUCUCUUGUUCUGAAAUAUCUGUAUAUUAUUUUCAUGAAAGAGAUCAUUGUGCCCAGUUUAAAAUGUAUGUUUAAUGCACUGGUUAUAACAAGAUUUUCACAUUUUUAAGAUCUUGAUUUAUAGGACAAAUGAUUGGCUGUAAAUUGCAUACAUAAUUAAUUUAUUGAAAGAUACCAUUGUAGGCUUGCAAAGAGCAUUUGUAACAAUCAUUUUUUUUACUGUUAUUGUUGUAAAUUAACAAAGAACAUGCAGUGAAUAUAAGUAGAUAAAACGAGAAAAGGCACUGCAAAAAAAGGAAGAAGGGAAGGAAAAUGUGAUUCUGGCAUGCAGUUGAAGUUGUUUGCAUUGAAAAUGUAACCAAGAUAUGAAGAAUGAUUAAAAGAAGAUGGCAGACCUGCAAACUGUUUUUGGGGAUAUUGCUUACUCUCACCUUUUUCUAUGGAUGGUAUCAAAAAGUAGAUGAUAUUGUGGACCUUGAAACCUGCCCAGCAUGCUAUGGGCAGACCCUCUGCAGCACCCUUGUAGGUCAUGAGGAACCUCUCAGUGAGAGACUUCAGCUAACAAGUUUUUCAAAAUGGAAGAUCCUGAACCUCAUGAAUGUAAAGAAUGUUUAUUAUGGAAAGAUGAGAGAUGUGCCAGUUGUGCUGAAGAAAUUGGCACACAAUUCAGAACUAAAAGAGUUUGAUGAAAAAUUAUGCAAAACAGCAGAGCAACCUGAGAACUGCAGCAUAUCCCAAGCUUUAAAGGUUUUGCUAGCAAAGGAUGGUCAAGAUGUACUCCAGGUCGUUGGAAAAUAUCCAGAAUUGUUUCAGGCAAGUGAUGCUGUAAAAUGCAACCAUAGCAGGACUGUGGAGGUUUUAUAUGAGAGCUUUAAGAAGACGGACAGAGGCCCUUAUCAUCAGCACCAUUUCCUCACAAUGUUAGCAGUGAACAUAGAACCCCUUGUAAUAAUGACCUACCAUUCAAAUUUCUUUCCAAGGUUAAUUGGUACCUGUGGUAGAGUUAUAGUAGAAGAUUAUGUUGGACCUACACUGACAGAACAGGGCGAUGAACCUUGGAUUGUACGAGCAGAUUAUGCCCGACAGUUGCUGGAAAUGGCACAGCAGUUUUCUUCAGGAACUUUUGUCCUCUACUUGACCGAUGUUUCACUUGAUAACUUUGCUGUUGGUGAUGACGGCAGUGUUAAAGUUAUAGAUGCUGAGAAUAUUGUUAUCGUUGACACAAGUUCAGCAGGACUCAAUGUUACAGAACAUGUGAAUGAUGGAUUUGGAUGUGCUGAUUGUUUAAGCUUUUCUUAUGAAGAUCUCUGUGGUCACGUCUCAUCAGAUCAUAAUUUCUAUGCUGUGUGUAAGGGGAUGCUCUCUUCAUCUGCAUUUUCUGAAGACCUUCCUCAAGGCCUUCUACACAGCCCACCAAUUUGGCUUAUCAAGAAAUUCCCAGAACUUUUCCCCCUUGUUGAAAAAUGUGGUCAUCACCCUCUCAAUAACCCUAAUAAGCCAACGCCAAACAGAAGGGCUGCAGCUAGAGAUCUCCAUAAACUGCUAGUCAAUAUUAUAGAGCAAUACCAUACAUAAUAAAGUCUCUGUUACUAAA